GUGAGGAGGGGAGGCCAUGAUGGCGGGCGAGGAGUUUGAGGCAGGGCGCUCCGCCGGCAGGCUGCCUGCAGGGCAUUUGUUGAUUUAUAGGCUGCGGUGGAAGGUGUAUUAGGCUGAGAUGUAAGCCUUUUGGAAUUUGUUUGCCUUCUAAACAAAUACAAGGGUGUCAGUACUAGGGAAAACUUGAUGGUAACCCCUAAGUCCUCUUUCAGUCACCUGCUGAUGGCUGUUGUGAAUAUCCUGCUUCAAGGUGAAACCCAAAAUUAGGUUCCAGCAAAUCUUUCAGGCUCUGAGCACUUAGUUCCUGCACAAGAAAAAUAAGAAUACAAGAAUUAGUGCAAGUAGGACCCACAGACAGGACCAGCUCCAAGGAGACUAAACCAAGUCUGGACCUGCUCUAAUCCUGCUUAGUGAAGUCAGCUCCAGCUACAUGGACAGCUGAGUGAAGGAUUUAGCCACCACCAUAUGUCUGAGAGGGAUUGUGCUAAACAACGGGCUGAAAGUCUCAUUAGAAGAGAGAGUUACAGUGUGUCAUAGAUCAUCUGAUGGGAUCCGGGAACUGGAAGGAAGUAGAGUUUCCACAAGAAUGGAUACUGUUUUGUGAAAUCUUCCAGCUUGGUUAAAACAGCUUCUUUCCCCCGGCUUUCCCCAGGGUGAUCUUACCCUCCUCUGAAAACUGCACUGACAUGCUAAGGAGUGCUGAGCCUCCUGUGGUAACGUGGCUGUGUCCCUGGCCUGGGACAGGAUGGGAUCUGGAAAGUGCAGGAAAACCUGCAACAGGCCAAAUUGCUGUUCCCAGCUUUCAGUGCUACAAAGUGGUGAAACUGGAUGUGGCAUCUCAUCGAAAAGAUUAUGCUUGCCAAGUUUUUCUUGCUGAAGUGCUUACAGACUGACAGUUAGCUUGAGGAGAACACAAGUUCAGUCAAAAUCAGGACAUCCCCCUGACUGCUGAUGCAGAGGUCUGGGGAGAUCAUGGGGAACAGCACCAUGUGUGAUUCAGCUGAAGGAACAGGUUUGUCACCCAUUCCUCAGCUCCUGCAGCAUGCAGUUACUGCAUAAAGACCCCUUAAAACUAAAUGUGAUCUCUUCAAUAAGAGCGUUGUUUAGUUAUUAAAAUAGAGCAGCCUGCAGGAAUUGGAAAGCCAAUAAAGUUAUGUCCUAGGAUCUUUGCAGCAAGGAAAUAAAUGAAAGUUUGUUGAGGGAAAGGCCACUUCUGGUGAUAGGGAGACAGGGAUCUCUAGGAUUACAAUUCUGCAGCCAUCGGAUAAUAACAUUCCUGCUCAGUGGUCUCGUUGCUGUCAUGCUUGUGAGUGCUAAUGAGUUGCUACAGUGGGUGCUGAUGCAAGAGCCCAUAUGGCACUUGGGUGCACAUGCUGGGCACCUUGGCAUGAGGCCAGCGUGCCAUGAGCACCCCUGAGCACCUCAGCAAGGAAAGAUUCUUCAAGGAAAUAAGACAGAUGGCCAUGCUAUGGGAUUUGCCUGCACCAGUCCUAGCCUUAUCCUACUGCAGGGCUGCAUUUUUUGAUUUCAGCUAUCCUGAUUCAUCUGCCCUGAGCAGAGAGCUCUGUGUUUCAGUUGAUUGACCUUGCUGAGCCUGGAGCAGAGUUCCCAGUUCAACAUACCUGUGAUCUGAAAAUGACCUGGCUGGCCAGCAGAGGAGCUGCCAUAUAUUUCUCUUUGGGGUUUCCCAGGUGGAGACGACUGAGGUAAGCAGAAAUUUUAAGAAAAGGGCCAAACAUUUCAAGCUCCACUGAAGCAAAAUUUCCUGAUGACAGACAUUUCUUUAGUAACUGGAGGAAGGUGGUCCUAGAGUAGCUCAGUUCUAGGAGCACAGCUUUAUUUUUGUUGCAUCCUGUAAAUGCCAAACACAUCCUGUGCAGGGCAGGGAGGGAAUGCACCUAUUCACUGCUCUCAUCCUACUCACUCCAGGCAGCCUCGCUUCAGGCUCAGUGUUUCCUACUGUAUCCUAGGAAUGACAAGCAUUAACAAAUAACACACGUUUAUUUGUACUGCUAAACAUUUGUGUUCUCAAGCACUUGUAGGUGUGUCCAGUGCUCCAAAUCCAUCCUGUAAUUUCAGAUGUAGUUUUGAGAAGCCAGAGACACACCCUGGUUUGCUCAGUGAAAAGCAGCCCUCUACAAUUGAUUGAUCGUAGCCCUGCACACUAAGCGCCCAGUGACUAGCGACUUGGAGGUGAUUCCUUGCACGUGUGGGCACUCUGAAGACCUUUGCCGAAAUGUCGCCUUCACUCCCAGGGCUGGGCUUCCUCCUUUUGGCUGGUUGGCAGGUAGCUGCUGCAACUUCUCCUGGGACAUAUCUGUGCUCCAGCUCCCCUGUCAAUGAACCUGCUGUGUGUGCUUCAGUGAAAAGUGUCAGCCAAGAGAUGCUUCUUGAGAUAGCCCGUGGCCAAGCCUCCCCCUGCAGCCUCACUUUUGGUCAAUAUGCCUGUGCACAGAGUGCUUGGCUCCAGGACCUUCAGGAUAAUUUCCUCAUAUCCUUAUAUUCUUGCCUUACCUCUAAACCUGCCAGUGCUAUGGAUCCAGAAUACUCCGUCCUGUUCUUUUCCAAAUAUGAUGCCAAGAAGCUUGUAGCUGCUCUGACUAUGUUCAGCCAGCGGUUUUCUCAUGUGCCUCUUUCUCUCGAGUGGAACAUGAUCUUCAUUAAUGGCCUCUGGGAGAAGAUGUUGCAAGUACCUGAUAUUGACAGCCCACCCGUUUUGUCUCAGUGGGUCCAUGAGGGGCUUCAGCCAUUCCUGGUCGAGCCCAAGGUCUUUGCGUGCCUCCAUGCCAAAAACGUGUUGUGCGAGAUGUUUCAGAUGAUAGUCACUGCCCUGAAUGGCAUAUAUUCUGACCUUCCAGUGGAGGAACAGAGGAAUCUUUAUGCUGGGAUCAAAUACUAUCUCAUCCAGGAUGGAUCAAACCAGAAAUGUUACAGUGCAGCUGUUCCAGGUCUUAAUUCCACUGCUUGGUUUGAAAAUUAUCUUGGAUCCUUUUUGGAGCAUGCUACUGUUGGAGACCUGCAGCUCUUUGGUGAUGAACCAACACUUCAAAAAUUUGCCAGGGAUCCAGUCAAUAUACAGAUGAUCAGCAACCUCACCUUGCUCCGGGAGACAGCUGUGUACUAUACCUCGCUUCUGACCUCUGGGCCUGGUUUCUCCUUUUCAAGUCUCCCAGACAGAUUUAUUUGCUACCUGAGCCCCUCAGCAGUGAGCAACCUGAGCAGAGAUGACGCUUUGAGCUUGGCCCAGAGGAUCAGUGAGAACUGCCCAUUGAACCUGAAACACAGAGGAAUAACUAGAGAGAGAGCUCCCUCCUCCCUGACAACAGAGGAACUGCAGGUUGCAUCCUCUUUGGUGAGAAAGUUUGAGCAUUUCCCUCCUGCAAUCCUGCGUGCAUUGGGCCAGGCUGCAGUUGGGCUGUCCAUAUCCGACAUUGAAAACAGCAUCAGUGAUAAAGACCUUGAAGCAUCUAUUCCUGCCCUGGGUGAAGUUCGUGGCUGGAACACUGAGCAGUCCAGCACUAUUGUCAACAAACUGCUCAGCUCUGGCUAUCAGAUCCGGGAUGGACAGAGCCUGGCGAAGCUAGGGAGCUUGGUGGCUGGCAUCAACAGCAGCACACUUCGAAGUCUGUCUCCAGAAGUGGUCUUGGAAGCCAUUAAGUUGCCUGAGUUUGUUCAGCAAAUGGUGACCCUGCCCUCUGUUCUGAAAAUGACAUUUGUGGAAAAGAUUUCCUCCAGCGUAGGCCACCCUGCUGACCUGGUUAAAUGUAUUCCCGAUGCUCUGGCCAGUUACAUUCCAAAAUCAUUGCUUGUUUUUGGGGAAGAGAAGCCCAAUAUUCAGGAUCUCAACAGUAAAAUGUGGACCCGAGAACAGGCUGCCAUAUUUUUCAGUGAUGUGAUAAAGACAGAGCCUGACUUCAGCAGGCUUUCCCAGUCAGUCCUCCAAGGCUUCACAUGUGCAGCUGUCAAUGAGAUGGAAGCAGAAAGAUUUCAGGAGCUGGCCAAAGUCAUGAAGAAGAAGAAUGUCAAGCUAGGAGAAGACCAGCUGAGUUGCUUAGUGAAGAUGGUGACACUGCAUGGGAUUCCCCAGGAUUUAGAUAACUAUCCUAAAGACCUUUUGCUUUUUUUAAGUCCUUCAGACUAUGCAGCAACAGGAAGCUGUAGGCAGUACUUUGCUAAUAUUGGGAAAGCAAAUCUUGAUGUUCUGCAAAGAGAGUCAUCUCAGCGGAAACAGCUGCUCUUGGAGGCUUUAGCAUGUUUGAAAAUUCCUGGCACACAAGUAAACGAGGAAAAUGCAGAUACUCUAGGGCAUCUGGUCUGUGACCUGGGCGGAGAAUACAUUAGAAGUUCUGGUGGGAAUUUGCUGAAGCAAUUAAGUCAGUGUGAAUCUUUCCUGCCUGAUCAAGAAGAGGCUAUUAGAAGUGUCAUCAGCAGUGGUAACACUACGUUUGGGCCUCCUGUAGCGUGGUCAGCUUUUACCUUGAAUGAGCUCAGUGGAUUGAUUCCUGUAUUUGAUCACAGCAUCUUGCAGAAGAUCCCCAAGAAUGUUUUAACUCUUUGGCUGAAAAACUAUGCACACAAUUCACCUCUGUCAAGGGAACAGCUGGCCACCAUUGUUGAAGAACUCCUACCUACUAGGCAUAAGCGUGCUGAUGGUUGCCCACCUGACAAGCAGAUAACAGAGAUGGUUCUUAAAGAUGACUUGAUGCCUAUUUACUACCCACCUGAGGAGUUACGUGCUUGCCUGAAGAAUGUCUCUCUGGAGAAUCACCUCUCUCGGAUGCUGACCUACGCCUUCAGUGUUCAGCAAUUAGCUGAGCUGAAGAGAAAUCUGGAUGAGACAUAUCCUGAUGGGUAUCCUGACAGUCUGCUCCCCAAACUGGGCCCCCUCAUUUCUUUCAUCACCCCUGAGGAUGUUUCCAAAUGGAAGAUAACUUCAGCUGACACACUGGCUGCCUUGCUAAAAGAUCAGCCCCCUGAUGAUCGGGCUUCUGCAGUGAUUAAACGAUAUGUUGACUUGGGAAAUGCCUUGAACGCCACUGCACUGAAUGCAAUUGGGACGAGAUACGUGUGCCUUCUAAAUGCAACCGAGUUGAAUAUAAUAGACUCCAGCAGCUUGAAACUGGCAUCUCUGAAUCCUUCAGCCUGUACACAGCUUACGAAAAACAUCUUAUAUGCUAAAGCAAAACAGGCUUUCUCAGACCAGAAGUAUUUACCUGCUUACUAUGACCUUGUUGAACCAUAUCUAGGGGGUGCUCCUGGUGUGGAUCUCAGAGCUCUAAGCAAGGGCAAUGUGAACAUGAACAUUAGUACUUUUGCGAAGUUAAGAAGAGACUCUUUGCUGAGCCUGACACCUUCUGAGGUUCAGGGCUUGCUGGGGAUUAAUCUCCGUGAUCUGCAGAAAUGGCAGAACAAGUCUCCCAUCCGGGAGUGGGUUCAAACACAGAAACAAUCAGAACUGGAUAAACUGGAUGUUGGGCUCACUGGGGGGCUACAAGAAGGCUACAUGAACAUCGUCACACCCAAAUUUCAGUCACCAUCCGCAGCCUCUCCGGGUGCUGUGGCCAUGACACUCCACCUCCUGCCUGCUCUGCUUAUCAGUUUCCUGAUGAUGUCGGUCUUGUCUUGAAAAUCUUCUCUCAAGAAAAAGCAAUGAUGAGGGGGACCAGCCUGUGACCUGCCCUGAGGCCUGUCAGGGACAGCCAUGCCUGGGGGGUGAGGGGGUGCUCACUGCUAGCAGGCAACUGUUAACGCAGCCCAGGGUUCACUUUUAGGUACUUUUGUCUUUCAAAUCACUCAAAAAAACCCCAGAGCUCUGUCUGAAGGGAAGAUUUCAGACUCUUCAGAGCAGGAUCUUUGCCUUUUGUACAGACUAAGCCCGGGUGAGCCCCAGCCGUAUUACUGCAACACAAAUGAUGUCAAUAUUUUACUGCGCAACCCUGGUGGGUUUAAGGGUGCGCAAAUUGGCUGUUCUGCAUGUUAACGAUUACAUUUCUCAAAGAGCCUGAUCUCUUGACACUGCCAAGACCUCUGAGUGGGAGUGAAGUUUUCCAGCUGAUUGUAAAUAAACAAUGGAACUAAGUAAAAAGAAGCAAAUUGAUGAGUUGCUCUUGUCUUCUCUUCAUUCAGACUGCCUGCACCUUCGUAUCUGCAGGUAUCGGUC